AUGAGCAUCCCAGAGAGUGUGAAGAAGUGUGCAGCUAUAUUAAAAUCUGUGGAAAAUGAUUCAGAAAAAUUCGCUGCCUUAUUUAUGGUUACAAAAUUGGUGGAUAACAAGAAUUGUACACCGGAGGAUAAAAAGAUAUUAUUUGAAGCCAUUGGGUCAAAAUUUCUAAAAAAGUUAUUAUCCACUCAAACAGUUCCUGUGGAUUGUCCUCCACAAGUUUACAAGUCAGUAGCACUGUCUAUACUUUCGGCAUUUUGUGGAGAACCAGAACUAGCUUCUCAUUCUGAUAUGAUUGCUCAUGUCCCAGCAUUGCUUGAAAUUGUGUCCCAAGUUGACGAAGAUGCAGCUGAUGACAUGUUAAUUAUUGUUAGUGAGGCUUUUGCUUGCUUACAAAGUAUUGCACAAUAUCCACCAGGGCAAAAAGCUUUAAUUGAACAAAAAGCAAUAUCAAAAAUGUGUGACAUUUACUCAGAAAAGAGUUUUCAAACAGAUCAAGCGUUAAAUAUUUUAGUUAUGUUAGUUGGAAGAUCUGGUUCAGAUGCUUGGGAUGCAACAGACAAUGCACCCUUUCAUGCUAUCAUAAAUAAAAUUGCAUUAGACUUUGAAACUGAUCACACAGAGAGAAAAUUUGAAUUGUGCACAAUUUUACAAGCUUUAUUGAUGUCCUGUAGAAGGGACGUCAUUUUUGAAACUUCUAAAGAGGAAUCUUGGCCGUUUAGUAUUCAUAAAGCUCUAUCAGAUAUUCUUGGAUCAAAAAUUGGUAAAUGUCAACGUGAUCCAGCAUUGAAGCUUGCUUCUGUGAUGAUGGACCUAUUGGGGGCUGAAUGGACAUUGUCGGAUAAAGAAAAACCAAAAGUAUUUUUCUUAUUAUUAAUUCAAUUAGCAUCCAUAGAAGUUAGAAUGCAAUUAGAAGGCAAACAACUCAAAACUGUUAUGGCGAAUGUUGAUUUGAUCACAUCUUGCUUUAUUAUACUUGAAAUUUCCCUUACCUACAUUAUUACUGACCAACUAGACUUGGAGGAGAAAGAAAAGCAGUCUCUGUACACGGCACUAAAAGGAGCAUUUGCUGCAAUUAUAGGCCUACUCACAGCAGUCUCUAAAAUGAAAGACUUAACAGAUAUUAAAGAAAGAGUAUUUAUCUGUGCUGUGGUAAGAGUAUUGGCAGCUUGGUUAGCCCAAGAAACAAAAGCUAUGCGUCCUCAAGUUUAUGCAGUAUUGCCUUACAUUCUAACAGUAGCCAAUGAUACCUUUUAUGCUUAUCGAAACAGAAAAUUGGCAGAGAAAGCUAAAACAAAUUCUAAACCAAAAUCCGAUGAAGGAACAUCAUCUGGAGAACCAGUUGUUCAUGAUCCUUUAAGCGAAGUUGAUGUAUUGAGAUUGUUAUUACCAGCUUUGUGUUAUUUGGCUGUUGAGGAGGAUGCUAGAAAGAUUUUACUUAAAUAUAAACAGGAAGAAGUUUUAUUUGAAUGUUUAUCUUAUCAUUGGACAAUCAUUCAUUAUAAAAAACCACCAGUCCCAAGGUCAGAAAGAUUGAAGGCAUUAAAAGAAGCAGAAAAAGGAGAAGAUUUGGAGCUCUAUGCUUCAGAAGCAAUGAAAGAUUCAAGAACAGCUAUGGUUUCUGUUUGUAAUGUUCUAAUGAACAUUACUGUCUUAGAACCAAAGCUAGUGGAAGAGUCGCCAACAUUUGUUUCGUUAUUGAAAUUUAUUUUUAAUAAUCUCCCAGAACUUAAACAAAUCCCAGAAAAUUUGGUUCUGCAUGGGCAUUUAGCAGUUUUAGGAUUAUUAUUGUUGAAACAGCAGGCAAAACGUGUAAAGAAAAAUGAUUUUUCCAUAUGUCGGUAUAUUCAAGCUACAAUAAGAUUCUUGUGGGAUGCAUACAUAAUUGAUGAGAGUAAUGAUCCAACAGAACUUGUUGUUUCUAUUCUAUAUAAAGAACGAUGGAUGGAACUUAUGGAGCUGUGGUUUCUUGGAAUGCAAACAAUGGCUGGAGUUUUAAAAGUAGUACCUUGGCUUUCACAGUUUACCCUUGAAUCAGGGUGGGCUGAAGAAAUUAUUGAAAUUCUUAAGAAAGUAAAAAUAGGAAGCCUUCAACCAAAUGUUAAGUCUGCCUUCGAAGACCUUUUGUGUCAUUUAGUUAAAGCAGAUCAAAAUGUUUCUUCUGUCCUGAAGAAAUGUGGAGCUUUAACUGUUUGUAGAAAUCAUCGUAUGAUGGAACUUGGGAAACAUCUUUUUGGAGAUUAAAAGUAGUGUGAAGACAGAAGUACAAUUUGUGUUUUAAUAAAAAAUACCAAAUUCAUU